UCUGUCUCUCUGUUAACCACAUAGUCGCUACAGCAAAAAUUAAGACAAAACAAAACAAAAAUAUAACAAAAUUAGGAAGCUUGGUUUACCAAGAUACCACAAAGAAUUAAAAAGACAAGUCACAAACUGAGAGAAAAUAAUUGCAACAUAUACAACAAGUAAUUAAUAUCCAGAAUAUAUGAGAUAGGAACUCUCAUGCAUCAGUUAGAAAAAGGAUAAGCCAAUAGAAAAAUAGAUCAGGGCCAGCCUGUGGCCUAGUGGCUAGGGAAGAAAGAGCCCACAUGGUCAACCAUUCUGUUCUGAAUUCCAAUCCCAGAGGCUUCAAAACACACUAGGUUGAGGCAGCCCAUGGCAUGGUGGUUACAUGAGCUGGAUCCCACAAGGACAAAUGCAUGGUUCAUAUACCAGACAUGGCAGCUUGAAAAUCAUGCACUUGUAUGUGCAUGCCCCAAAAUCACAAAAGAUGGGGGAAAUGGAAAAGGGAUUGCAGCAUGACCAUUCUCCAUAAAGGGUGCUUUCUCACUUUCCCUCUCUUUCUGUCUCUCUCCGGUGAGCACUGGUACCCCUUGGCAAAUUAUAAUACAAACAGACGAAUACACCAGGUAUACGUACUGGCAUGCCCCAAAUCAAAACAGGAUGGAAAGAUAGAGAAGAAGGGAAUAUGUGUGACCAUGCCCUGUUAGGAUAUGUUUUCACCCAUCCCCCACAAUCUCUGGUGACAUCUGCCUUCUGGCAAAAUUGUUUAAAAAUAGAAAAGAAAAAUGGACCAAAAUGAAAGGCAUUUUAUAUAAGAGGAAAGAUAAAUGGCUUAUAAACAUAUAGAAAACCCCUUGACCUCUCUGGUAACUACAGAAAUACAAACUAAAAAAACUAUGAAAUUACCCAAGUAUUGCCUAGGGCAGGGGUAAAUGGAAAUUCUCACACCCUACUGGUGGGAGUAUAAAUUGUUUACUACUAUUCCAGAAUACAUUUUCACAUUAGUAUAAAUGAACAUACACCUUUUCCAUGACUCACCAAAUUCCAUACCUACUGUAGUAAUAUACUCUAGAAAAACUCUUGCAUAUAUGUAGCAGAAGACAUAUACAAGAAUGUAUCUUUUGCUCACUGGGAUUAGAAUUAGAAAUUAUCUCUGAAUGAGUGAUUAAAAAUCAUGCAGUAUACAUUCAUCAUCCAAAAUUAAUACUUAUAGAGCACAUAAGGAUUCUUCUCAUGGACUUUUUAUCCAUUAAUUAUUAAAUUCAUUAAUAAAUAUCAGUAUUAUAAUUUUGUAAAUGAAGAGAUAAAAUACACCUGACAGGUCGACUUUAAAUAUAGUGUGGCUUUUUGUUCACAUUGACAAGCAGAUGUACUUUCAUCACCAAAGACAAUAUUAAGUAAUUCUUUUAAAAAAUACUUUUUUGGAGAUUAUUUCAAUUUAUUCAGGAUUAAAAAGGAAAUAAAACUCUUAUCCUUAUCAUCUUUGAAUAAAAUAACUUGAGUCUUAAUAUCUUCUUAAUCAGAAAUACACAGAAGGAAACAAUAAUAUAGUGAGAGUUUGAUGUCCUGUGGUCUUCCUUAAUAACAACUCAUUUUCAAGAGACUAUAAUCUACUCAAUAAAAAGUAUUCUACCAGGAAUCUUAAUCAGAUUCUGAGAAAAUUCACAAUCAAAAUAAACAACUUGCCACUAAAUCCAAAACAAUGAGGUAUUAGCAGCUACACAAAAGGUUAGCCUCAAUCUGAUGAGUCAUUUCUAAAAUGAUGAAAGUAUAAGUCUCUGAAGUGUUUUCUAUUCAAACUGGAAUAUAUAUAAAGGUAGGAAAUCAUUUACCAAGCAGAUUGACGAGAAAUUUUGCUUCGUUUUACUCUUCCAUUUUUGACUCUAUGCAAAUCACAAACUAAGAAUGGCAAAAAUGGGUCUCUCUUCCUACAAAUUAAUAUUAACUUUUUCUUUAUUUUCUCAAGGUAUUUUACUUUCAGCCUCCAAGUCCAUAAGGAAUUUAGAAGAUGACAUGGUUUUUAACACAUUUAGGCUGGGAAAAGCCUUUCAAAAGGAAGAUACUGCAGAAAAAUCAGUUGUUGCUCCUUCCCUGGAACAAUAUAAAAAUGAUGAGAGCAGUUUCAUGGAAGAGGAAAACAAAAAUUCAAAGAAUGCAGGCUCCAAACAUAAUUUCUUAAAUCAUGGUCUGCCACUGAAUCUGGCUAUAAAACCUUAUCUUGCACUUAAAGGAUCUGUAGCUUUCCCAGCUGAGAAUGGAGUUCAGAAUACUGAAUCAACACAAGAAAAGAGAGAAAUUGGGGAUGAAGAAAACUCAGCUAAAUUUCCUAUAGGAAGGAGAGAUUUUGACAUGCUCAGGUGUAUGCUGGGAAGAGUCUACCGACCUUGUUGGCAAGUCUGAUACCUGUUGGUCCACAUCAUCUUUUCCGAAGAAAACAAAAUCA